GCGCGCGUAGGAGAGUGUCUCUCUCUCGCGCGGCUGCGAGAGAGACAGAACGGUCCCAUUGAUCUCCGCCUGUGUCUCGGAAAGAGAGACACACACCGCUCUCGCGCGAGAUCUCACCGCGCGCGUGCGCGCGCGCGCAUCCAGCACGAUCAUCGUCAUCGCCAGAGCGGAGUCAUCGGAAUCACCGGAGGCCCAGGCGGCACAGUCCGGAGGGGUUGCGCGCACGAGUCGCAGCUGGAGGUUGUCAUCGCGAGAGCCCCUUGCCUCACAGUCCACGAGCAAGCAAGACGAUUCUCUCCGCUGUGUGUCGUUCACUGGUGCGACCGGGAUAUUUCUCACCCGGUAUACCAUCCCGCCUCGCCGGAGUGCGGAGGAGACUGCUGAGACACCGAGCUGCGUUUUCGCAUCUUUCGGGCACACCCGUUGUACACGAAGGCAGCCGAAAGACCAGCGCUCGCGGCGGCGGCGGCGGAUCUCGCUCGGCGGAUCGGCGAAAGCGCGUCAAAGGCUCAAAGAAGCGACUCGCGACGAACGCGUUUGGCUUGGCUUUGGCUUGGCUUGGCUUGGCGGCGCGAUCUUCGAUUGUCGGCAGCUCGAGUCGUGAUCGCAGAGUGAUAUAAAGGCGGAAGAACACCCGGACGAUUCUCCACUGUGUGACCCUGUUACCCGAUCGAGAAGGUGGCGAGAUUCGGCGAAGGCGGUUUGGUGACAUUUUCGACGAGAGAGAGAGAGAGAGAGAGAGAAGAGAACGAGUGUAUGUGCGUGUGUGUGUGCUCGCGCGUGGGAGCAAGGGAGAGAGACAGAGAGAGAGAGAGAGAGAAAGAGAGAGCGUCGCGACGAGAGGCGUCGAUGGGGUUCAAGGAGAGCGAGGGAGACGCUCGUUAAGACGCCUCUAAUAAUAGCGACGCGCUCGCGAGUGUACCAAGCGGUCUAUAAAUACGAUCUCUGCCCCGUGGAAACACGAGCCCGUGGAUUUCACGGUGCAACCUGUGCCGCGUGAAAGAGGAGCGGAGUCGACGACGACGACGACGACGCGCUCGAUGCCGCGAUCGGGUCUCGCGCGGGUGUGUGAAUCGGCGAUCGCAAAUUCGUCCGGCGAAAGUGCUCCUCGCAACGAGGGACAGUGAUAUAACACAAUUCGCGCAGCGGCCGAGCGCGCGAGAGAGACGAGAGAGAGACGAGAGGGAGAGAGAGAGAAAGAGAGAGAGAGAGAGAGAGAGAGCGCCCGGCCCGCUGGCGAGAUUCGUGCCAAGGCGGAGGAGAAUCAACGGAGACAAGAUCUCGCCCGUCGCGCUGUGAUCGCCGAGGUUAAACCGAUAUUCUUGCCGCGGCGAGAACGAUCGAGUCGCGCUCAAGUUCGAACAGCCGGCAAGCGAAGCGUGUCCUUCCUCUUCUCUCUCUCUCGUAGGAUGUAACCAGGUCCGUGUCAGGACGCAGACAGACGGCCAGAGAUCCGACGCGCAGCGAGAACCCGCGCGACUCGGAGACGCUUGUUCUCCCGAGUGCUCCCCGACGAGAGAAAGAGAGCUUCGUGUUCCCCGAGUUUCUCGCGCGAGCUACGUUCCCCAUCCUCCGGUCAGCUGGUGCGAUACAGAAAUACCACGCGCGUGCCUCCGCUUGCGGAUGACAACAGUGGCCGAGGAUCGUCGAUCUGCCGGCGGAAACACCGCGGCUCGAUAAGGCCGUCUUCGUCGGCGCGUGCAAAGCGACACUCUGUGUCUCUCUCUCUCUCUCUUUCUCUCUCCCUUUCUCUCUCUCCCUCUCUCUCUCUCCCUCUCUCUCUCUUUCUCUCUCUCUCUCUCUCGUAAUCUUCCUCCGCGACUCGUAUUACGCGCUACGCUACGCUACGCAGUGCGGUCCGCGAAUACGUAUCUGAGUAUCUCUUAGAAUUACUCCGACGCAAUUCCUCACGCCGGUGACUGUGUGAUCCCCGCGACGUCGGCGAGUGACGUUCGCGUUACCCGCGUCGGAGCGAGUGCGCUUGCAGAAGAAAGCAGCCGGAAGCUCUCGGAGUCGUUAGCGUUGUUGUCGUCUCUCACGAGAACCUCGUGACGCCACGUGUCAUCCUCGUGCUCGAAACAACCUCGUCCUCGUAAAGCCCGGGCGAGCGAGGAUAACAGCGGCCUCCCAAACGAAAGCGUCACUUGCUUUUACAGCCUCCUCCCAUAAAAAGGAAAAGAAUUGGGUGCUUGAGGGAAAAAAAAAAAAAAAUACCGCUGACCCAGGUCGUCCUGUCAAAGACGUUUCCGCCGGCAUCGCGUCAAACAUCUCCUACCUAGACCAUGUCGCCGACCGGACACGCCGAGGUGCCUCAGUGAUCCCGCGUGUCGAGGACCCGACAGCGUGGAAAAUGAGCGGCGAGUGAACGGAAGUGGCGGCGGCGGCGGAGGCGGAGGAGAAGAAGAAGAAGAAGAAGAAGAAGAAGAAGAAGAUCCUGCGGAGCAGCGUGGCCGUCGGAGGAUCGAGGUCCCGCGAGCGACCUCACGGUCCAUCCGGUCGCAUAGCCGCAGGGAGGACGAUCGCGUCACCACCACGGUGGAGAGCGGCGGUGGCGUGCGUGGGGUCGUCGUGGACGCCCCCGGAGAUGACGCCAUGAUGGCCUACGGAGGCACCGCUGGCAACGGGGGCGCGAUGGGCCCGUCGUCCGGUGGCGCGGACGUUCUGGGCUCCGCGGGGGACUACAGCCCCCAGAGUACGCCGACGCCCUUGACGGGGCACUCGUCGGGCUCGGUGGAGAACGCCUACACGCCCGGUACGACCGGAGCGGCCAGCUACAGUCCGCAGGACAGCCCGGCGAGCUCCGCCGGCGGCAGCGGCAACGGCCAGCUGCCGAGUUUUGGCUUCACGCAGGAGCAGGUCGCGUGUGUCUGCGAGGCGAUGGUGUCGAAUGUCCAGGUACUCCAGCAGGCAGGCUCCGUGGAGAGGCUCAGCAGAUUCCUCUGGUCUCUGCCGGCGUGCACCAGGUUGCACCGGCAUGAGAGUGUGCUCAAGGCCAAGGCGAUCGUCGCCUUCCACCGGGGUCAAUUCAAGGAGCUCUACAGGAUCCUGGAGAGCCACACCUUCAGCCCGAACAAUCAUCCCAAGUUGCAGGCCCUCUGGCUCAAGGCCCACUACAUCGAGGCUGAGAGGCUACGCGGAAGGCCCCUCGGCGCAGUCGGCAAGUACCGAGUGCGUCGCAAGUUCCCUUUGCCGCGCACGAUCUGGGACGGCGAGGAGACGUCUUACUGCUUCAAGGAGAAGUCCAGGAGCGUCCUGAGGGACUGGUACGCCACCAAUCCGUACCCGUCGCCGCGGGAGAAGCGAGAGUUGGCGGAGAGCACCGGCCUCACCACCACGCAGGUCAGCAACUGGUUCAAAAACCGAAGACAGAGGGACCGCGCCGCCGAGCAUAGUGGCCAGAGGGAGGAUAAGGCCCACGGCGGGGGUCUCGGGGACUCCAGCAGCGAGAGCGGCGACGAGACCAAGCGGCAGUCCAGCCAACAGCAGCAACAGCAGCAACAACAGCCACCGUCUUCCUGCGCUGUUCAACAGCAACAACAGCAGCAACAGAUGGUGGACCACCAGCAAACCUCCGGCAUGUACCAGCUUCCGCCUCCGGUCUCGGUGUCGAGUCCGCACUCGUAUCACCAGGGUCACGGCUCGAGCCUGAGCCACCCGCACAUGCAGCACCACGACACGAGCAGCGAAAGCGGCGACGAUAAGAGGAACCUCCAUCAUCAGCUGCAGCAUCAUCUUCAGGUCGGCGCUCACGGCACCCACGGUCUGGUCCAUCCCACCGCCACCUUACCACCACCACCGCCCAGUUGCGCCCAGCAGAAGAGUCAGUUGGAUUACAUGCAGUACUACAGUCCGCAGGACUACCUGAUCGGCACGCCGACCUCCGCAGAUCUGCAGAAGUCCUUGCCGCACACGGCGACGUCGAUGCAGAUGGGCGCGAUCGCGCCGUCCAUGGGCGGCUUGAGCCCGAUGGGUCCGUCAACGAUGCUGUCCAACACCAUGCAGGGCGUCAACAGCAUGAACACCAUGUCGAUGAACGGCAUGGGCAUGGGCGCUUACCAGAGCAUGGGCUCGAUGGGGAUGUCCACGACGCACGCGACUUACCACAGCGGCCUCGUGCUGGGCGAGUACCAUUCCUUGUGACCUUGGGCCCCAAGCACUCAGAGCAAGCGAAGCCAGGAGAAGACUUAAUGGAUGCAUCCGGCGAGCGACGCGCGAGACCGAUCGAUCAAGGUACUCGAACGACUUGCUGGCCCGCGGAUCGCCAAGGGAGCUUGUCGUCACCGAGUGGGGGAGAGAUGAGAAACGAUUCGUCGAUAUUAUUCGCGGGACUAGUUUGGGAUUUUGGUGCGAAAUUAGCGAGACGGCGAAACCGUUCAAGGACGAUCAAGCGGGAAAUCGCGCGACUGCGACGAACGGUGUGUGUCUCACAGACUCGGCCCGGUGCCACGAUAACGCGGCUUUCCUCGAAAUCAAAAGCAUCUCCUGUGACGCGACAUACCGAUGCUUCCUUUGGCGAUCCGGUGAUAUUCGGAUAAGUGGAGAGGCAAGCUCCCCGUCGGAUCCGCCACGGGACUCUCCUCUCGGUAGGUGUUUCGAAGCGUAUGAUGAGCGUCGAACAGCCGUGUCUGUCAACAAUCUCGUCGCGACCGCCCCAGCAUUCGUAGAGACCUUUCAAUUUCCUAAAGAGAUCACUCGGCAUUCGAAUAGAAAUCCAAUCGUUUUACCAUUGCAGAGGACCGCCGUCAAGAUGAGUUUCUUUUUUUUUCUUUUCUCUUCUUUUCUUUUCUUUUCUUUUCUUUUCUUUCUUUUCUUCUGUUAAUCAUAUUUAACACGUUCACUGCUCGUAGGAUUUUAUUUACCUAUGUUAUAUGCUAACGAAUAAUUUCAUACAAAAUUUGUGCAACCAGCGCGAAAAGAAUAACGGCAAAUUCAAAGGACACCACGGACAAUUUUAUUUCAGGUCUUAACUUACAUGCCGAAACCGCAUGCAAACGUUUGCAAUCAGCGCUGAGAUUUCGUAUUGCCGCGCUUAAAUGCUAAUUCGAGUCACACGCGUAUCGCAAAAGUUCGUGCCGACUCGGAUUCGAGAUACGUGUAGCGAACGUCGUUAAUGCGAAUUUGUUCUUUUCUGUUGGAUUGAGUUUGCUCUGGUUGAUUGAGUAAUACUUUCAAACGGGAUUUUUUCGGUUAUUCGUUCACGCGAGAUUUCACGCGAUUAAUUUCUAGUCAAAAAGUGCUUUCGAUCCAUCUGCGAAAAUUCCUCAGCCGCUUUCCCACGGAAAGCUAACAACUCACCCCGCGAAGAAUCCAUCGAGAAGCGGUGUCAAAGGAUGCCGAGGCGGCGAUGACGUUCCCGAACGAACGAAAUAGCAAAAGACAUAUUAGCAUUUUUCUUUCCCAGUUCGCGGCGAGCCGGGCCAGAACCGGCUUGUGUUUGCCACUACUAUUUCCAUAAAGUAAACAACGAGCGAAAAAUCCCGUCAGCUUUUCUGUCCCGUCAUCGUACUUGGCGCCGUACUCUUUUUUUCCAUUUCCCUGCCCGAGCGGAAUAAAUUGCACGACAAAGCGCGCUAUCUCUUUCUUCUUUCUCCCGUUGUUCUUUUAUUUUCUUUUUUUCUACGCAAAGUACACGCGCAGAGUGCAAGUGAAUGACUGCUCGCUAUACUCUCCCCCAUUUCACAGAUUUGACCCAUUCGCUAAUUAAUUAAUUACCCGUAACCAAUCGUGCUCCUCCUAAAACAUACGCUUUUGUGUUUUUUUUUGUCCUGUAUGUACAUAUGUAGAUAAUAUACACACGCAUUCGGCAUACUAUUAAGUUAAUCUCGUCCUUGUUCGCUGCCUACCGAGAUUUUCCAAAUUUCUAUUAAUAAUUCAGACUUGUACCGACACUUCGAUCGCAUUUUCUUGUUUUCUUUUUUUUUUUUUAUUCAGCUAAAGGAUAUAGUAAUAGCCAGAGAGAAACGUAGUAAUUCUAAAUUACAAUUCUAAAUUGAAGAACCCCCUCACUCUCUCUGUAUUCGCUCACAUUUCGUAGAUAGAUGUGAGAGAAUAAUUAUUAUUUCAAAAAUCAUUAUCGUGUGUGAAUAUCGCUAAUCACGUGAGGAAUAAUUAUUAUCGGCGAAAAAUUUGACACGAAAUUGAUUGAAAAUAGCUUGAUGAGAGAUUGAAAUUCUCGGGUAAUCCCAGUAGACAGUGAACGCUGUCGCAGCAUAAGGUAGCGCGUAAGUUAUCAUUUAUUCGCAGUUCGCAGUCUGUAAAUAAAUAUAUCUAAAAAUAGUGAGUGAGAGAGAGAGAGAGAGAGAGAGAGAGAGAGAGAGAGAGAGAGAGUGUGUGUGUGUACAUGUGUGCGAAAGAGACAGAAUGCAAGGGAAGGAAAAGGAAAGAAAGAUUGCACGCGGGAGUAUAACAAAGAGACAGAAAAGUCGAGGUAACGAGAUGAAUCGCUAUUUUAUUGUUUCUCCGCCGAGGAGAGAAUACUCUUAUUUAUUCGCGUCUUCCUUAUUUUUCUCUUCUUACGACGAAUAGACGAGAUCGCGAGUAUCCGCUAAUCGCAAACACCAAAUGCUAUUUUAUUUGAUCUAAUCGCGGCGUACAACGUGUCAUCGUGUCGCGAGCGACACGCACUGAGGAAUGGAGAUUAUUAUUGAGACCGUGUAGUCGCAUCUUCAUCGAGCGAAUUGGUGGCGCUUACAUUCAUCUCUAAUGUCGACUUUCCACUCCUGGGGUAUCUCGCGCGCGCAGAUGUCUUGAAUAUUCCGUUAGCUGCGACAUUGCCUUGUAGAUUGUUAUCUCGGGUGUCGGAGGAGAGAAAGGAUUUCCCUUACGGGAGAGAGAGGUCCUCGGGACGAAACAGGGUAAGGGGAGAGGAAUGUGAUGUGGAGGGAAAAGGAGAAAGAGAGAGAGAGAGAGAGAGAGAGAGAGAGAGAGAGAGAGAGAGAGAGAGAGAGAGGGAGGGAGGGAUGAUGUGGAAAAUAAUAAAUACCUUUGACCUGUAUGUAUGUGUGUGUAUGUGGCAGAACAGACUACGGCGUUACUUUUAUUUUACAUCUUCCACACUCGUCGCGUAUACUCCGUUGAUCCUCGCAGAAAUAAUUAUGCCCAAAGCUGCAUCGAGAUAUUUAUUCGACACACUCGCAGGUAUCGCAUUGCGCGUAUUACGAUAAAGUAUAUUAACGACUCAUGAAAGACAGAAUCGCUUCUUUUUUUUUUUUUUUCUAGGAAAAUAUCUCUCUCAACGAAGAUAUCGUGCGAGAAGUGAAUACACACACACACACACACACACAUACACGAUAACAAUAGUUCUAUCACUAUGAUACAUACACGUUUUUGUGCUCAUUGUUCUACGACAGAAUCGAGUAUCAUUUUUCUUUUUUCUUUUUCUGUUUUUCCGAAGAAAAUCCAUGUCGGGGUGUUUUUAAUUUAUAUAGAAGCAGUAUUGCGCGUCACAGAACACAGAGAGUCGGUCUUUAGAAGCUCAAACUUAAGCCAAUCUCAUUAGGGGUCGUACGUUUUAUUAAAUUACGUUAGAUGUAAGGAUCGAUCGAAAUCGGCUGUCGAUUGUGUAAAUCACGGAACGAGCCUACUUAGCUUCCAGCCGCUCGGUCUCACGUUCUCAUAGAGUACACGGGAAUAUUUUUACCCGAGUCUUUUCUCUUUAGUUUUUUUUUUACAUUCGAGCAACAAGCACAUUUACUUUUUAUAUUCAUCGCAAUUUAUGAGCAGUUUUUGCGUUUCAGUUCUAUGCGACCAGCGCUGAGGCCAACAUCGUUUUUAUUUCCUCGCGUUUACACACAACCGUGGUGCACAAAAACAAAAGGCAGCUCCCGAGCGAUUGUACGAUUUUUCUUCUUUUUUCCACCUUCCGCGGAAGUGUCGCACACUCUUCUUUAAAUUUCAUCGUUAUUUUCCGCCAUUACUCUCGAGACUCGCGCUCGCUAAGCUUUAGUCGUGAUCUAUGCUUAGAAGAAGAGAAACUAUACUUAAAACAAUUUUGUACGAAACGAACGCUGCGAUUCGACCAAAGCUAAAGAAUUAAUUUUUACGAAUAGUACGUUAAUCGUAACGACUCUUGCACAAAUUAUGCACUCGCACGCAACCCGCGCAUACGAGAAAGAGAGAGAACGAGAGAGAGAAAGCGAGAGAGAGAGGGAGGGGGAGAGAAAAGGAAGGUUAGAAGCAUUGAAGAAGCGAAUGAAUGAAAGGAGAACGCGUCGCAAGGACGAUUAUUAUUAAUGAACAUCAAAUGGGUUCUCUCCGGUUCUCAUUCGUGUGUUUUAGCGGACAAGCCCAACGUUGCACAACUAACUAAGGAAACGAAUUGCCGAAAGAGCGAGACAGUGAGUGUGGAUGCAUGAGCGCGUGUGUGUCAUGUAAGCGGGCGAUUCGUGUGAUAGAGAGAAAGUAUGUGUGUGUGUGUGUGUGUGUGUGUGUGUGUGUGUGUGCGUGUGACGGUGUAUGCGUGUGUGAGAGUGCACGUGAGAGCUAGAAAGAAUGAGAAGAGAGACGACGAAGCGCAAGUAGCUAUAAGAGAUCACGAUGUACGAUCGAACUGUAAUCGAGUAAAGUUGAUGUUAUUUAAAGUAA